AUCUCAUCGUCAGUUGUUUGGAAGCCUCUGUGUCUUACGUACCUAUUUCCCUGGAUUUUAAUUUAAUUUUCUAAUUCAGUUUUAAUCAUCAGUCAACUUCAAAAUGUUUCUCAGAUUGUGUCUCACUAUUCUCCUGCUGAGUGUCGUCUCUGGUGUUUUUGGCGCCAGUGUGGCUGUGGAUGUUCUCAAUCCAUUGGCGGCCAUUGAUAACGUUACCCUAUCUGAUAAUUCGACCAGGGCUCUGAACGUGAGCGACUCCAGUGCCCUCAAGAUCCGAGAUGUCGACGUUCAACUCAAGGAAGUGGUGCCGAUGUGUCAAUGUACCUGUACAAAUGUGACUGACAUCGCUGGUGCCAUCAAGAACGCGGCCAGUCUGGAUAUUUCGACUGAAAAGGCCCAGGAUGGAAGCGACGGCCGUUUUUUGAAGGUCCGCGAUGUUGGCGCAUUACAACCCAAUUCACAGGGUUUCAAUCUGUCUGUCAAGUUGACGGUUGGUAAUGGCACCAGCUUGAAUAAUUCGACGGACAAGGCCGGCAAUGGAAGCAGCAACUUCACCGUCCGCGCUAGCCUUCCGCCUUCCGUCGUGGCUCGAGAUGUCGACGUUCAACUCAAAAGUCUGGAAGCAAAUGUCUCUGAUGACAUGUCGGCUGUGAACUCCACUGUCAACUCCACUUCCGAUUUGUCGAUGGAAAAUGCUUCCGCCAUGGAUGAGCGUGGGAUCGAAGACAUUGUUCCAUUUGAAGAUGCGCUGUUUGGUGAUGUUGCUAACAUCUCGGAAAUCGCCAGCGUCAUUUUCGACUUUGACACGUUGACGAACGUCUCCCAGCCGAGCAACAUUUCGUCGUUGAUCGUGGAACGUGAAACUGAUGUCGACAUGGAAGAUUUGGAGGAAUCCAACAUGGAUCUCGAGGGAUUGCUUUCUUUGAGGGACAAUAAUAAUUCUACUGAAAAGGUGAGCAACUCUUCGUCCGAGUCGGAGAAAUCUGAAGUCAAGAGCGGUCGAGGUGUGGUCGUCGUUGUGACAUAAAAGAUUGAGCUUAUACUCUACUUCAUGUAAAUAUCUUCAGUUUGCUGAUUAGUCAGUCGUAUAGAGUUCAUUUAUCGCCUUGUAUAAAGUAUGUCUAGUUUUUAAUGUACAGGAAUGUAAUGAUUUAUUCAAAUGUAGUACACGAUAUUUUUAACUCUC